CAAUUUUAGGUUUUGCCGCUAAAUAUUUUAUGAUUUAUAAGGUUAAUAUUUAGAAAUACAAUGGCAGAUCAAAAAUCCACUAAUAUUCUAAUUGCAAGAUUGUUUGGCAAAAAACCUGAUGAACAAGGAGAAAAAAACACCGAUAAGGCUGAAAAAUGUAAGAAUAAAGUUAAGAGUCCUAAAAGAGUGGUAAGGAAACCAAGUCCAAAAAAAAGUUUUAUACCACAAAGUAACAAGAUCACAAAUUGGUGUAGCAAAGAAAAAUUGCUUAAAGAUUUGGAAAAUAACCGAGAAACUUUAAAAAACCUAAAGAAAAAGCCAAUGAGCAAAUCUCUUGAAGAUGAUUUUAAAAAAUCUUCCAAAUCAAAAUCUCAGGAGGAUGAUUUUGAAAAACCUAAAUCAAAAAAAAAACCUAUCAAAUUAACUCGAACGGACUCCUUUGAAAAAUAUGGGGUUUUAAUGCCAACCCUGGAUGAUAUCUUGGAAGACAAAAAAAAAUUGGACACCCAGAAACAAAAAUUACAAGAGGCCAGACAAAUUGAAGAUAUAUCCUUGGACCUAACGUUUUCACUGAACAAAAGUGCAGAUAAUGAAGUGGGAAAAGAAAACAUACUGGGCUGUAAGCACUUAACAAACCCUGAACUGACAGACUUAUUCAACAAAAACAAAUGUUAUUUAUCAGAGAUAAUCUCAGGAGAAAAAUACUCAGAGAGGCAUUCGCGAUUUCACAACUACAACGUAAAGUACGAUUUAACCACCAAAGACUUAACAUACAACACCAGCAUGAUUGUGUUCUCCCACGAUCAGAUAGAACACAUGAUGAAUUUGCUGUCGGAAAAUUUCGAUCCCGACGAUAAGUUGACGCAGUAUUUUUUCAAAGUGCUUUUGCCGGAAUUUUGCACCAAGGUUUUUAUGGAUGUCCACAAUAUGUCUCAAGAAGAAACACUCAUGUAUUUGGAAACAAGACCAUUAGAUGAUUAAGGUUUACAAAAAAAUGUUCUCAUUGUUUUUAUAUUUUAAGUUUGAAACCUUGUUGUACACAUUAUUUUCUAAGUAAAUAAGUUUUGCUUAUAAUGCUGUUUUUAUGUUUUUAGUGUGAAAACUUGUUUUAUUAAAAUUA